AUGGCAUCAGGAACUCGUGGAGUUCAAGAGCGACAACGUUUCCUCGAUGUUGAUAAAGAACCAAAUAAACUAUUAACUCCUCUUUCAAUACCCGACACUGGAAAAAAAGGAAUACAAUCACUACGUCAAUGUGUAAUGCCUAUCGUUAAUUUAGACUUAGUUCCAAAUUUAUUAAAUGCAGUAGCAGAAUCAUUAGACGUAUGUAAAAAGCCGAAAGAUGGCCUUACACAAGACCAAUCAGCUGCAUUGUAUCUAUACUCACUUCAACAUCCAUUUUAUGAAAAGUUCAAUGGUGUAUUACGUAAUGAAGAUCGAACAAAAGCAGUACCUUUUUUUCAUUAUUAUGAAUUGUUUAUGUGUACACUAAACAAGCUGCCACCAGUUAAAGGUUCUGUGUGGCGUGGUGUCACUGCAGAUAUCAGUGAUCGAUACAAGGAGGAUAGCAUCCAUAUAUGGCAAGCUGCCAGUUCAUGCACACAGAAAGUACAUGUAACUGAUACAUUUCUUGAUCAAGAGAAACAUCGAACAUUAUUCAAUAUUAAAUGCUUUAAUGGAAGAUCAAUCAAAAAUCAUUCGCGUUAUCCCAACGAGAAUGAAACUAUUUUACCUCCAGGUACUUGCAUAAAAGUGAUAUCACGAUUGAAGCUAGCUGAUAAAUGUUAUGUUGUUGACUGUGAAGAAAUUACACUUAGUCCUGAAGAACUAAAUAAUCUAUUAACGGAUACAACUUUUGCGUCACCUACAGUUGCUAUAACAGUACCAAUCUUGUAUUUAAUAUGGGUUGAUCAAAAUGUUAAUAAAUCAAAAGAAAAUAUUGCAACACAAAAAGAAUUACGUGCUUUAUUUGAAGAUGACUUUCAAACAUUUGACAACGUAGACGAAUGUGAAAUGUCUAUCCAACAGAAGACGCAUGAUCACAUAAUCUUAAUUACUAGCGGACAAGCGGGUCGAAAAAUUGUGGCCAAUGUUCACGAUUUAUCACAGCUAGCCAGCAUGUAUUUGUAUUGUUUCGACAAAGACUCAAAUAAAAAAUGGGCUAAAGACUUCUCGAAAGUUAGUAAACUACUUUAUCCUGAAAAUAGUAGAGCGUCCACAUAUAAUCUUGAUAAAAAUAUCGUUUUGCCAGCGUACAGUUUAUCUAAAUGAAAAUUUUCGUUAAAUUUAAGUGGCUUAUAUUAUGAAAAACUUUUCUGGUACCCUUAAAAGAUUACUUAUGAACCAAAAACUAUAAAGUACGAAAUUUAUACUUCAUCAAGUAUGGGUGUGGGUGUG